AGGGAAGAACCCACAGGGAAACCAGUUAGGAAAGCCGUGGCGACAGUCCCAGUGGGAUCUGAGCGGGCUGGAGCGCAGCAGCAGAGAUGGAGGAACCGGAACACUCACCGGAGAGCUCUGCUGUGUGCUUGCACCAGCUGCUCACAGGCCAACUACACAUGUGAAACAGAUGGGGCCUGCAUGGUUUCCAUCUUCAACCUGGACGGGAAGGAGCACCAUGUGCGCACUUGCAUCCCCAAAGUGGAGCUGGUCCCUGCCGGGAAGCCCUUCUACUGCCUGAGCUCAGAGGAUCUGCGCAAUACCCACUGCUGCUAUACUGACUUCUGCAACAAGAUCGACUUAAGGGUACCCAGUGGUCACCCCAAGGAGCCUGAGCACCCUUCCAUGUGGGGCCCUGUGGAGCUGGUCGGCAUUAUUGCCGGCCCAGUUUUCCUCCUGUUUCUCAUCAUCAUCAUUGUUUUCCUUGUCAUUAACUAUCAUCAGCGUGUCUACCACAACCGCCAGAGACUGGACAUGGAAGAUCCCUCAUGUGAGAUGUGUCUCUCCAAAGACAAGACACUCCAGGAUCUUGUCUACGAUCUGUCCACAUCAGGGUCUGGCUCAGGAUUACCUCUUUUUGUCCAGCGCACGGUGGCCCGAACUAUCGUAUUACAGGAAAUUAUUGGCAAGGGCCGGUUUGGGGAAGUGUGGCGCGGCCGCUGGAGGGGUGGUGAUGUAGCUGUGAAAAUUUUCUCUUCUCGUGAAGAACGAUCUUGGUUCCGGGAGGCAGAGAUAUACCAGACAGUUAUGCUACGCCAUGAAAACAUCCUUGGGUUUAUUGCUGCUGACAAUAAAGAUAAUGGCACCUGGACACAGCUGUGGCUUGUCUCUGACUAUCAUGAACAUGGUUCCCUGUUUGAUUAUCUUAACCGCUACACAGUAACCAUCGAGGGAAUGAUUAAGCUGGCUCUGUCUGCUGCCAGCGGGUUAGCACACCUGCAUAUGGAGAUUGUGGGCACUCAAGGGAAGCCUGGAAUUGCUCAUCGAGAUUUAAAAUCAAAGAAUAUCCUGGUGAAGAAAAAUGGCAUGUGUGCCAUUGCAGACCUGGGCCUGGCAGUUCGCCAUGAUGCAGUCACUGACACCAUUGACAUUGCCCCAAAUCAGAGGGUGGGAACCAAACGAUACAUGGCUCCUGAAGUACUUGAUGAAACCAUUAACAUGAAACACUUUGACUCCUUUAAAUGUGCUGAUAUUUAUGCCCUUGGGCUGGUAUAUUGGGAGAUUGCUCGAAGGUGCAAUUCAGGAGGAGUCCAUGAAGAAUAUCAGCUGCCAUAUUAUGACUUAGUGCCCUCUGACCCUUCCAUUGAGGAAAUGCGAAAGGUUGUCUGUGACCAGAAGCUACGUCCCAACAUCCCCAACUGGUGGCAGAGUUAUGAGGCAUUACGGGUGAUGGGGAAGAUGAUGCGAGAGUGCUGGUAUGCCAAUGGUGCAGCCCGCCUGACUGCUCUGCGCAUCAAGAAAACCCUCUCACAGCUCAGCGUGCAGGAAGAUGUGAAGAUCUAACCUGUUCCCUCUGCCCUGCACGCAACCCUGGGCAGCAAGAACUACAUGCAGCUGCCACGUUGAGCAUACGAUGGAGGCCUACCUCUCGUUUCUGCCCAGCCCUCUGUGGCCAGAGCCCUGGCUGGAAAGAGGGACAGAGCCCGGGAGACUCGCUCACUCCCAUAUUGGGUUUGAGACACAGACACCUUUUCUAUUUACCUCCUGCUGGCAUGGAGACUCUGAGAGCGAAUUGUGUGGAGAACUCAAUGCCACAACUCAAACUGGUUGCAGUAGGAAAUCUGCAAAACCCGGUGCAUCUGGCACAGAGCCAGGAGUGGUGAAAGGGUGGCCUGGGAGGGUCCAGGAGGAGCCAAGUUGCCAGUGCUGAGUAGCACUGAGGUUUUCCCCCAGGGACCAUCUCUGAUACACCAAGGUGGUCCAGAGGAACCAGACGUACAACCCCUCUCAUAGGCAGCUCUGAGCCACAUGCUCCCUCCUCCCAAGGACACCUGGAGGGUCUGCCAGUGGAAACAGAUCCUGCCACCUGUCUGUCCAGCUCUGUGUGCAUGUUCUGAGGUGUGUCCCCUGUUGUGCCUGGUCCGUGCCAUGCCCUUAUGUGUGUGUGUAUGUGUGUGUCUGUAGGUGCGCACUUACCUGCUUGAGCUUUCUGUGCAUGUGCAGGCCGAGGGUGUGGUUGUCAUGCCGUCUCUCUGUGCUGGUACCUCUCUGUUCAUAGUGAGCAGCAUCUAGUUUCCCUGGUGCCCUUUCUUGGAAGUCCUCCCAACCCCCUGCCAUUUUGGUACUCCUUCCUACAGGCUGCCCUGCCCACCCCAUCAGCAUAGCUCUCCUCUGUUUCAGACUGUGGAACCAAAGCUGGCCCAGUUGUCCAUAGCAGAAGAGACUUUUGGGUCAAAAUGUGAGGAUUGGGGGUAGAGGGAUGGGCAGGAAAGAAUCUUGGCAGAAAUGUUGAGUGUUGUACUGUCACCAUUGACCGUGGGAAAUGAGCCAGCCCAAGGGUAUUAUCCUCAACAGUGUCCAGGAAGGGCCAGAGAAUCUGAAGCUAGAUCUUGGGACUCAGAUUGGAGUGUCACAUCUGCAUGUCCCCUCCCAGAUUCUGCAAACUGUGGUGUACAUUUUUGGUGGUGGUGGGUUUGGGGUAGAGAAGGGAAGUGGGGACAAAGAGUGGGGAGGGAGUCUUUGGGGGGAGGGACACAUCUGCAUGGGCCUUUUACUGGAUUAUCUGAUCAGGGUGGAGGGAAGAUGAGAGAUUUACAUCCACUUCAGGGGCCCUACUAAGGGAACAGCCUGAGCCAAACAUGUUAUUUAACCUAAGUAUAGUAUUUAAUGAAGUCUAGAAGCACGGUAGAGGGUGGUGAUUUGGUCAGCAUAUCUUAGGUAUAUAAUAACUCUGAAGCCAUAACUUUUAACUGGAGUGUUUUUGGUUUUUUUGUUUUGUUUUGUUUUGUUUUUGUUUAUUGG